CAGAGCUAUCUCCAACUUGCAUAUUCGAGAUACCUUUGUUGAAGCUGAGGAAUCAGAUUAUAGAUAUCACUUCGAUGGGAAAGGCUACUCCUGGGCGAUUCCGCCUGAUCGUACCGUUCAUGAGUUUGAGGACUUCCCACCUCAUUCGGCACUCUCCUACGCUGCCCUCUCGUAUGUGUGGUUGGGAAAUCCUCUGCCACGCGACUCCAAGGGAUCCUGGGGUGGCUUCAACGUGAAGGGCGCCUCGGAGGACUCCGACCCUAUCGGCAUCUCUAUCAUAUUUGUCCUUUGCCAGGCGGUCAGGGAGAUGGGCUACCAGUAUCUCUGGAUCGACCGUCUGUGCAUCAUACAGGACGACCGUCAUGAUAAGAAGUUGCAGAUUCGCAACAUGCACGCUGUGUACAAACAUUGCGCGAUAUGUUUCGUCCUCCCUGGUGGCAUUCAGCGCAUCGUCGGGCUCAACGAGGAGACGGGUUGGAUCACACGUGCAUGGACUCUCCAAGAGGCGAUCGCGCCUGCGCGCACCUACGUCGUGUACGACAGGUGGGACUCGCGAUACCGUUGGUCGGGAGAGACGGCGCAAGAAGUCUUUCCAGAUGGGUCAUUCCGCUACAGCAUGGCACCUCUCGCGGAUAUCCUUGCGAGCUCCAUCCCGCUGAAAGGCUACUCUGGCUAUCGCCCUGCGAUCAUUCGCAGCACGGAAGGCGAUCUUGAGGCGUCUGCGAGCGCACGGGUGCAGCUGGUCGCUCUGUGGGGUGCGAUGAAGUUGAAGGGCGCCGCGAAGGAGCAGGCGAUAUGGCGUAGUGCGCUGAUGCGGACGUCAUCCCGCCCCGUCGACAUGGUCUACAGCAUCAUGGGCCUCUUCGAUGUCACGUUGGACACGCACGCAUAUGGAGAGGACGAUCGCCUCCUCGCGUCGCGUGCCGUUGCACAGGCGACGCUGCAGAAGGGCUGCGCGCCUAACUGGCUCGGCACCUCGUUCUUUCUUCCCCCGAGCAGGAAACUCUCGGCGUUCCCGAGAGUUCCAGAGACGUCUGUCGUGAAUGACCUCGUACAGAUUGGCUACACGCUGCCGGACGGUCGAUGGCGGGAGGUGGCUGCCAUGAUGAAUAACUUUGGCGACGCACAGUGGUGGCUGGUGGAAAUGCCUAGUCCGACGACCAUCGACGAUGCUGGAUUCCUCCAUUUUUCCAGUUAUGCCAUCAGUGCGGCAUUUGUAUGUGGUGGCCGCGAGUUCACGCCCGAUUUCGACAAUCUGCACGUUGCGGAUGAUGGACCUUCGUAUGUGUUGGCCACGGAUGGGACCAUCUGGGCGAUCUCGGACAGUCCCGCUGAUCUUCUUGAUCAACGAUCUACCUUCAUGGUUUUCAUCGGGAGGCAGUACCCAUGGGAUGAGUCCGCCUGGGCAGGCGACUGCACAGUGAGGGCAGUCAUAGUGGAGGAACAUUCCGUAGGCAAGUGCCAAAUCCUCGGAUGGUGCUGGCUGGGGGAUGUGUUCAUGGAAUGGAUCAAAGCAUCCUGGAGAGCCCAGUCCUUCAGGAUUGGUGGGCCUGAGUGAGAGUGAUUCUUUGCUAUGGGACCAGGCGAUUGUGCUAUAGGCAUUUGGCUGUUGUGGAUCUCCAGGAACGCUGCAAAGCCGUGCAGAAAUUCCAUCAAAAUUCGAGCCAAUCUGAUGAUGUCUGCCAAAGUAUUUGCAAAGGUUCGUACAAAGACCUGUGUUUUGAAGUCUGACGCAUAGCACGAGGUGUGUCGUGGAGCAUUCAGUGAUCAAGUUGCUGAGACGAGGGCAAUUCACGAAUGUCGUGGCAUAUUGACACGGCAGGGCCGCAACGCAUGAGCUGGACCAAGUCGUUGGCUACUAGAGACUGUCAUCAUCAGCUGAGAUGGUAUCUCAUUCAGUUCAAACGACAUCGUCUCGACCUUGAUCGCUCGGGGUUAAACAAUCAGUUUCUAAGGAA